AGCGCGCGGGGGGGGGCGAGCUCGACCCUUGUCGGAGGCUGAGCCCAAGAUGGCGGCGUCCGAGGCGACUGGCCGGUACAGGAGCAGCAUGAGCAAAAGCAAGGACCCUUCCGGCCUGCUCAUCUCCGUCAUCAGGACUCUGUCCACCAGUGAUGAUGUUGAGGACAGGGAAAAUGAGAAGGGUCGCCUGGAAGAAGCAUACGAGAAGUGUGAUCAUGAUUUGGAUGAGCUGAUUGUUCAGCACUACACUGAGCUUACUACUGCCAUCCGCACCUACCAGAGCAUCACGGAGCGCAUCACCAACUCGCGCAACAAGAUUAAGCAGGUCAAGGAGAAUUUGCUUUCCUGCAAGAUGCUUCUGCACUGCAAGCGGGAUGAGCUGCGCAAGUUGUGGAUUGAAGGCAUUGAGCACAAGCACGUCUUGAAUUUGCUGGAUGAGAUUGAGAACAUCAAGCAAGUGCCCCAGAAGCUGCAGCAGUGCAUGGCUAGCAAGCACUACCUCACGGCCACGGAUAUGCUGGUUUCAGCAGUGGAUUCCCUGGAGGGACCCCUCCUUCAGGUGGAGGGACUUAGCGAUCUGAGACUGGAGCUUCACAGUAAGAAGAUGAAUAUGCACUUGGUGCUAAUAGACGAACUGCACCGCCAUCUUUACAUUAAAUCCACCAAUAGGGUUGGACAACGGAACAAAGAAAAAUGGCAAAAAAGUUUGCUUGUGAAGGAUGCCUCCCCUCUGCUUGAUGUGACUAGCCUGUCUACUCCUCGCAAGUAUCUUGACUCCUCCCAGUUCAGCACUUCUGGAAGCUCCAGUGGGAGGGAUAUUAGCUUGACGGAGAUCAAGGAAGAUUUAGAGAUGGAUCCUGAGGAGAACAGCUCUAUCUUUAUGGGCAUCCUCAUCAAAGGCCUGGCCAAACUGAGGAAGAUUCCAGAGACUGUGAAGGCCAUCCAGGAUCGCCUGGAGCAGGAGCUGAAGCAAAUCGUCAAGAGAUCUACCACUCAGGUGGCAGAUAGUGGCUACCAGAGGGGAGAGAACAUAGUCCAGGAAAACCAGCCGAGAUUACUUCUGGAACUUCUGGAGCUUCUCUUUGAUAAGUUCAAUGCUGUUGCUGCUGCUCAUGCUGUUGUCCUGGGCCAUCUUCAGCAGACGGUGGCUUCUCCCUCCAGUCAGUAUGAUGGCGAUAUCAAGUUAUAUGACAUGGCGGAUGUGUGGGUAAAGAUUCAGGAUGUCUUGCAGAUGCUGCUCACGGAGUACUUGGAUAUGAAAAAUACGCGGGCAUCUUCGGAGCCAUCAGCUCAGCUUAGUUAUGCCAGCUCGGGAAGGGAAUUUGCAGCAUUCUUUGCAAAAAAGAAACCCCAGAGGCCUAAAACCUCCCUGUUCAAGUUUGAAUCAUCUUCCCAUGCCAUUAGUAUGAGUGCCUAUUUGCGGGAGCAGAGGAGGGAGUUGUACAGCAGGAGUGGUGAACUUCAAGGAGGACAUCAUGACAACUUGAUAGAAGGCGGUGGGACAAAGUUUGUCUGCAAGCCAGGAGCCCGAAAUAUCACAGUCAUCUUUCACCCGCUUCUCAGAUUUAUUCAAGAGAUUGAGCACGCUUUGGGACUCAGCCCAACUAAGCAGUGCCCACUCCGGGAAUUCCUCACCAUGUACAUCAAAAACAUCUUUCUUAGCCAAGUCCUAGGAGAAAUCAACAAGGAAAUUGAAGGAGUCACCAAGAUAACUGAGCCACUGAAGAUACUGGCCAGCGCAGACACCAUGAAGAUGCUGGGGGUGCAGAGGCCUCUCUUGCAGAGCACAGUGAUUGUGGAAAAGACCGUCCAGGACCUCAUGAAUUUGAUGCAUGACCUGAGUGCCUACUCUGACCAGUUCCUCAACAUGGUAUGUGUCAAACUCCAGGAAUACAAGGACACCUGCACUGUGGCCUACAGGAGCAUUGUUCAAUCUGAUGAAAAGCUGGUCAUCAGUGCGUCUUGGGCAAAAGAUGAUGAUAUCACCAGACUCCUGAAGUCUCUUCCCAACUGGAUCAACAUGGCCCAGCCCAAGCAAUUGCGACCAAAGAGGGAGGAAGAGGAGGACUUCAUAAGAACCGCCUUUGGCAAAGAAUCUGAAGUGCUCAUUGGGAACCUGGGUGAUAAACUGAUUCCCACGCAAGAGAUUCUCUGUGAUGUCAGCGACCUGAAGGCCUUGGCCAAUAUGCACGAAAGUUUGGAAUGGCUCUCCAGCCGUAUGAAGGCAGCUUUCUCCAACCUUCCAGUGGCACAAAUGUCACCCGGCCAAGAUGGACAUGCCAACAUGGAUCUCCCUCCCGUGUCCGAGCAGAUCAUGCAAACCCUCACUGAGCUGGCCCGAUCCUUCCAGGAAAUGGCUGACCGCUGCUUGCUGGUUCUGCACUUAGAAGUUAGGGUUCACUGCUUCCACUAUCUGAUCCCCUUGACUAAGCAAGGAAAUUACGCCAUUGUUGCCAAUGUGGAGAGCAUGGAUUAUGACCCUCUGGUGGUGCGACUCAAUAAGGACAUCAGCUUCGUUGAAGAAGCCAUGAGUGCCAGUCUUCAGCAGCACAAGUUCCAGUAUAUCUUUGAAGGUUUGGGCCACUUGAUUUCCUGUAUUCUCAUAAACGGGGCCCAGCACUUCAAGCGCAUCAGUGAAUCUGGCAUCAAGAAGAUGUGCCGAAACAUCUUUAUCCUUCAGCAGAACCUAACCAACAUCACCAUGUCGCGGGAAGCAGACCUGGACUUUGCAAGGCAAUACUACGAGAUGCUGUACAACACCGCCGACGAGUUGCUGAAUCUGGUGGUGGAUCAAGGGGUGAAAUACACUGAGCUGGAGUACAUCUAUGCCCUGAGCUUAUUGCACCGCAGCCAGACCGGCGUUGGGGACCAAACCACCCAGAACAUGAGGCCUGCAGCGCCUGAAAGAGAUAUCUGUGAGCAGGCAGCUAUCAAGCAAGCCACCAAGGACAAGAAAAUCACCACGGUUUAAUUUAUGCCGUUGUGGUCCCUUUUGCAGUGGGGC